AUGUCUGAAUCCGAACCUCGGCGCUCUGUACGCGCUACGAAAGGACAGCAUACGAAAGCUUUCGACGAUCAGCCUCUCGAGGCUCCGAAGAAGCGAGGCAGAAAGAAGAAGCAGCAGCAGGAAGAAGAGCCUGAAGAGGAAAUAAUACGCUGUGUUUGCGGCGCCACCGAUCAAGACGACGACGAGGAUGACCAAGUCUGGGUCGCAUGCGACACUUGUGGCGCCUGGCAGCACAAUGUAUGCAUGGGCAUGCCCGACGACAAUCUCCCCGAGCACUACUACUGCGAGCAAUGCCGCCCUCAGCUGGAGUACCACAAGGAGCUACUUUCUGGCAUAGCCGAAGGUAGGAAACCCUGGGAAGAACGCCAAAAGGCGUACAGGGACAGAAAAUCAGCCGAGGCUGCUGAGAAGAAGAAGAAGCCUGGAAAGAAAAAGGGGAUCCGAGGAUCCAAGCGCGUCAGCGAUUCCAAGGAGGAUGUUUCGCAGGCCGCGAGCUCCCAGGCUGGAGAUUCACCUGCGCCGGAGGCUGCUCCGAAACCCAAGGGCAAAAAGGAGGUUUCGAAACCUGGUCCAACAAAGCGCAAGGCUGACGAGAGCGACAAGGAUGUGAAGACACCCGCACCCAAGGUGCGGAAAGUUUCCGAGACCGAGCCGAAGCGAGUCGAAUACGUUGCGCCUGCUGACCUUCCCGCGAAGAUGGCAGACGUAGCUGACACAAACCACCGGUCUGUGGCGCAAGCCCUUCAAAAGGCUGUGGCCAUUGGCCUCGGAACAGCUUUGAAGAACAAGCUCAUUACGGUGCCAAAGGACACCACACCUGCUGCCUUGUCCGAGCUGUGGGCGAUCCAGAUUGAGCGAGCUGUUCGUGACAGUCACCCCGACGCUAGUCAGUACUCAAACAGGUGCAGGACUUUGGUCUCGAACCUGAAAGCGAAUCCAGAGCUCAGCAUGGGAUUGCUUCAUAGCACACUGUCGCCCCCAAUGUUGGCUGUCAUGACUUCUGAUCAGCUGGCCACGAAGGAACAGCAACGUCUGAAUGCGGAGUUGAGGGCCAAGUCUGAAAAGCAGUCGAUUUUGGUCACAGAUGACGGUCCUCGCAUGCGACGCACACACAAAGGCGACGAAAUGGUGGAGAACGAUGCCGAAUCUCAGAUGGAGGAGGCUCGCCCAGCGUUCCGUCGCCCUAGCGCUCGCGAUCAACAGGCUGACGCGACAGAAACUGAGCCCCCACGCCCAGAAAACUCGGUUGAGUUGCCCGCACACGCAGCUUUGCAUGUUGAUACACAAGGCCCUCAGCAAUCGCCGCGACAGGCAGACUUUGAUAUCAACAAGGUCUUCUCCAGCGUCAAAUCGCCCACAGGACAAGAACGACGCCCAUCGGGCCAGGUGUACCACGGCAAUGGGCCUGGCGUCGAUGCUGAUGUUGACCGGCUGCUACAGGACGAGACGGAUUCUCCGCCAUACUCCCCUACUGACGAGUCUGAGCCCGAUGUUGUAUGGCGUGGCAGCCUCGCCAUGAACACGAUUGCGGACUUCCCGGCCACUGCCAAGUUUGUAGCAGGGGCUAACCUAGCCGCGAGCAUUGGGUUGGAAUGGUCGACGCUGAUUCCAAAGAGAAUGGCCGUGGCCGGUCGUAUCGAUGAACAGAAGGCCAUUGAAUAUCUCUGUGGCCUACGGUACUCGGACAAGACGGAUGUCGUCGUUGUCUCGCUGUCGCCCUCGUCCGAAUCCUCGCGGCCCGAAUUUCGGAAGCUUUUUGAUUACUUCAGUUCCAAGAAGAGGUAUGCAGUUAUCGGCCAGAAGGCGGUGGGCAAUGUGCGCGAUACCUAUCUCGUCCCUGUCCCUGCAGGCGACAGCGGAUUGCCAGAAUUCCUGCUCAACUUUUCCGACAACCUGAUUCCACAACGUCGCGGUGAACCGAUUCUGCUGGCAGUUUUCGUCUAUAGAAAUCUUGACCAGCAUCCGGCGCAGUCUCCAAAGACGAAUACGACGACCCCAACCCCAGCUAGCCAAGGCAAUCGUCAGCCGUCAGUGUCGGGCCCUGCUUUCUCUCCAGCCGUGGGCCAGAGUCCCUUUGCACACGCCUCGCCAUCCCCGGUUACUACCAACGGGCAUCCAACACAAGGCGCCCAUCAGGUGGUGCCGCCGAAUCAGGCACCACACGGCUAUGCACAGCGUGAGCCCUCGGAAGAUGAUUUGAACAAGCUUCGACAGCAGGGCGAGGCUAUAGCGCGAGAAGUACUUGGGCCGUUCAUCGAUUGUGCCACCGUUCAAUUUCUUCUGCCUCAGGCGAUUCGCAUGACGCGCCGGGAAUGGCAAGUUUGUCGUGGGAUAUUCGAACGAGACGAGAGAGCCCGUGUAGAUCUCAAGUAUCUUAGCCAGCUUCUCCAGAUCGAAAGCGAGGCAAUGGCAUCGGCGUCAGGAGGCGGCGCGCGAACGGCGAAUACGCAACCGGCAGCGACGCCAUCCGCUUGA